UGCUCUUAUGGAAAAAAGCUGCUUACUGACUACGCUGCCAUACUAACCACAGAGUUAACAAGCUGUGAUCUCUUCCAAUCUCCUUAACUCCGCCUAUUACCCAUCAUCCAUUGCUCUCUUUCUUUACUACAGACACUUAUUUCUCAGUCUAAUGAAAAUCUCUGGUGUCUUUUCAUCUAUCUCCAUCACCUCCUGGGCGUGAGGAUGUUACUGUGGUGUUUCCUUGGUUUGGUGAGCAUCUUAAUGCUCUGUAAAGGUCAGGACAGUGAAUGUGACAACUUCACUGAUCUGAAUUUUCACGAAUCGUUCAUUGGGACCAGUCUGUACGUGCGGCUGCUUCUCUACACCCGUGCCAACCUAGACUGUGGUCAUGAGAUGCCCCACCAUAACCUCACUCUAGAGCCCCUGUUCGAUGUAAACAGACCAACAACGUUUGUCAUUCAUGGGUACAGACCCACAGGCGCACCACCUAUCUGGAUCAACCACAUCGUGCAUUUGCUAGCAGCACAGGAGGAUAUGAACAUACUGGUCGUGGACUGGAACAGAGGGGCGGCGAACCUCAACUACUUCACAGCUGUGGCCAACUCGCAUCACACAGCUGCCAAUAUCACGGGCUUCAUAGAGAGCAUGGAGAAAGAGGGAGUAUCUCUCGACUCCAUCCAUCUGAUUGGGGUCAGCCUGGGUGCACAUGUGGCUGGUUUUAUUGGUGCAAUGCUAGGAGGAAGGGUGGGCAGAAUCACAGGUCUAGACCCAGCUGGGCCAAUGUUUGCAGGAGUUUCCCCUGAGGAACGUCUUGAUCCAACUGAUGCCCAGUUUGUUGAUGUGCUUCACACAGAUAUGAAUUCAUUUGGCCUCAGAGGAACUCAUGGUCAUAUUGAUUUCUAUGCCAAUGGAGGAUUAGAUCAGCCGGGCUGUCCCAAGACCAUCUUCUCAGGGAAAUCUUAUUUUGUUUGUGAUCACCAGAGGUCUGUUUUCCUGUACCUGUGUGCUUUGAAUCACACCUGUAAUCUCAUGGCAUACCCAUGUUCCUCCUACACUGACUUCCUCAAUGGCCAGUGUUUGCAAUGCGAGACCUUCAAACCAGCUUCCUGCCCUGUUUUAGGUUAUAACAUGAGUCAAUGGAGGGAUACACUCCUGAGCUUGGGGCAAACGAGAGUCUUUUUCUCAACUACGGCAGAAGUCCCCUACAGCAAGACAAGCUACAGAGUGGACAUUGUUACCUGGAACCAGUUUUUACGCUGGGGGGUGGUCACACUUCGACUGCACAAUGGAAAAAAUAUAAUAGAGUCCAGGAUAGACCACAAGCUAAUGCGCUUCGAGCAGUAUACGUCCACACGACUACUGGCCCAGUUUGAUGAGGAUCUAUACCCAGUUCAGAAAAUCUCUUUACGGAUCGCCACUGGGAAUGUUAUCGGCCCACGUUAUAAAAUAAGGCUGCUCCGAAUUCGUAUAACACCAUUGGAAAAGCCGGACAGGCCACUGAUGUGUCGAUAUGACAUUAUUUUGGAGGAGAAUGCUGAGGUGUCCUUUAAACCACUACCUUGUAACUAAUUUUAUCUGUAAGAAAUUACCUUGAAAAGCUUAUCUGCUUAUUCAGGGUGGGCCAACAGACUGUAAUAAAACACAUAGAAACAAACAGUAUACAUACAAAUAAUUUUGUACUGCUAGUAUAAAGUGUUUAUAUGUGAAACUUAAAGAUACUUCCCGUGCCUUUUCUGUAAGAUGAACUCUUAUGUUAUCAGUUUAAAGGUGAUGGGGCUCACACUUAAAAUUGUGUCCUAGGCCAGUGUUUCCCAACCAACCGUGCCGUGACCACUUGUUUGGUGUGCCGUGGAAAAUAACACUGCCACAGUGUUUGAAAAAGCGUUCGAAGCUUCGAAUCCAGGAUAUCGUGUGUUCAUCAAAACAAGAUCAAGUUUCACAUUAAAUGUGAAUACUACUUUAAUACAGUAUAAUAUUCCAGUUUAACAAGUCAGUUAGGCAUUGCAAUACAGGUUUGUGCAGAUCCGUUAAUGUUUAUUGUGAAAGUGGUGCGCCGUAUGAUUUUUUACUUCUCAAAACUGUGUUGGGGCAGAUAAAAGGUUGGGAAACACUGUCCUAUGCCUUGUGAAUUUUAACAAUGGCCUUGCAGACAAUAGGGCUUUUAGGGAUAAUGUAUGAACAAAGUAAAAAAUGUUUUAUACCUUUUAAACAAAUUUUGAAUAAAUUAAUGUCUAAAUAAAAAUUUUUGAUUGCUCUGUCUCGGUAUGUACUGUCUUUAUCAUCACCAAUAUCAACUUAAUGUGACCCUGGACCAAGUCGCACAGGUAUAUUUAU